AUGUAGAUGAUUAUCAGGAUCCUCUCUGUCUCAUCUCUUCUGAUCUGAUCUGGACUCCACCACCAUGUUCAUAUUUAUAUAUAUACGUGUAUGUACCUAUGUCUGUUGUGUUCGUCCUGCUAAUUAUUCCUACACAGAUUGAGAGAGAGAGAAAUGGAGCGCGUAAUGGUUGUUCAUCUCCUUCCGAUUUGCCUGGUGAUAGCUGUGGUUGUGCUUGCUUCGUCUGCAACGGCGUGCGAUCGCUGCGUGCACCAAACCAAAGUGGCUUUCUUCUCCAAUGACGGAGCUCUUUCGUCUGGAGCUUGUGGUUAUGGUUCUCUGUCGCUGGGAUUCAACAACGGCUAUCUGGCGGCAGCGGCUCCCUCCAUUUACAAGCAAGGUGCUGGCUGUGGGGCAUGCUUUCUGAUGAGAUGCAAGGAGGAGAAGAUUUGCAGGAAAGAGGGGAGUGAGAUAAUAGUGACGGAUUUGAAUAAUGAGAACAAGACAGGGUUUGUGUUGAGCAACAAAGCUUUUGUGGGCAUGGCAAAGCCCGGGAUGGGCCCGGCCCUCCUCAAGCUUGGCCUUACUGACGUCGAAUACAAAAGAGUACCCUGUACGUAUAGCAAGAAGCAGAAUUUAGGGAUUCGGGUGGAGGAGUCGAGCCAGAAGCCCCAUUAUUUGGCCAUCAAGUUCUUGUACCAGGGCGGCCAAACUGAAAUCGUCACCGUCGAUGUCGCCCAGGUUGGAGGAUCAAGUUGGAGGUUCAUGAGCAGGAACCACGGGGCAGUUUGGGACACAAGCCGGAGCCGGGUUCCAGAGGGAGCGCUGCAGUUCCGGUUUAGGGUGACGGCCGGGUACGACGGGAAAUGGUAUUGGGCCAAGAACACUGUGCUGCCCGCCGACUGGAGGAACGGUGUCGUUUACGACACGGGUCUCCAAAUAACUGACAUUGCGCAAGAAGCUUGCUCCCCCUGCGACAAUCGGACCACCUGGGAAUAACUACUACUGCUAGCUCUUUCUGUAGUUUGUCCAAAUACUCCACCCAUAUAGACAUACAUAUAUAAACAGACAGGCAAUAAUAACAUGGAUUAAUGACUGUUA